CAGAUCCAGGGGUUUCCUUCCCAGGGUACCAAGGGCUUUCCAUCCUCAACGCAGGAUAGAAUACGGGUUCCCACGCAUUGUGGUGAUCCGCUGUGCCUCGAGCAACAGACUACUACUCCAGGCAAAAAAUAAAAACACUGGUUUUGGUGACAGGCACCAUGCGCAAUGACUGACUCUGUGGUCGCAUCCAGGCGCUGCACAGACAUUUAGUCCGCAUCAUUCCCUGACAGCUCCCCGAGAGAACAGAGAGAGAAAAAGCAGGGCUGGAUUCUCAGGCUGUGAUAGUGCAGCAUGACGGACACAGUGAUGAGCAGCAGCUCGGAUCGCUGGCAGUCCAACGACAGGCAGAGGACCAUGCACGCUAGUGAUAAAGAGCAGGAGAACUGGACCAUGCAGCCAGGCACUGGUCCUGGUCCAGACCUGACAGAUGAAGAGAAAGAGAUCAUAAACAAUGUGAUUGCCCGUGCUGAAAAAAUGGAGACCAUGGAGCAGGAGAGAAUUGGGCGCUUGAUAAAUCGCCUGGACGACAUGAAGAAGACUGUGUGUGGGGAUGGACAGUCCCGCUGUUUGCUGUGUGGGGAGCAGUUUGGGUCACCUGGGGCCAGCUCAGUGGUGUGUGAGGACUGCAAAAAGAACAUGUGUACCAAGUGUGGUACACAGUGUAGCAGUCGGCCACGUGCUGUGUGGCUAUGCAAGAUCUGCAGAGAACAGCGAGAGGUGUGGAAGAGGUCUGGCGCCUGGUUCUUCAAAGGUUUUCCCAAACAUUUCUUGCCAUCGCCGAUGCCAUUAUCUAAAGGAAAGGAGACAGGAGCCCAGGAGGCGGCAGAGCCUAAGGAGCCCAAAGCCUCUGGGGCCAGAAAGGCAGUAACCCAACCACAACCACCAGCACCAGAGCCACAGGGCCGUGCUGGUUACCCACCUGUGGCCCCGAAACCAUCAGCUGUGCGCAUGGCGACGGGCGGUGCUGGCCCUGAAGAGGCGGGGCAGGGCAGCCCAGUGGUGAUGAAGAAGAUGGUUCCCGUCCAGAGCUCCAGACCACAGCCUGCUGGAUCAGCCACCAUGGCCCAGCAGGGUCCAGUGGCAGGAGAUGGAGGGGCUUACUCCUCUGGUGCAGUUCCUCCAGAGCAGAGAGCGCCUCCUGCAGUGAGAGAGGACAAGAGGCAGCCCGCUGCCUAUGGUGCUCCUCCUGCCCGACAGCAACCUCCCCCAGCUGAGGAGGAGGAGGAGGCCAACGACUAUGACUCGGAUGAAGCCACAACCCUGGGCUCUCUAGAGUUCAGUCUGCUCUAUGAACAGGAAAGCAACAGCCUCCACUGUAGCAUUCUCAAAGGGAAGGGACUGAAGCCCAUGGACUCAAAUGGACUGGCAGAUCCGUAUGUUAAACUUCAUCUGCUGCCUGGGGCUAGCAAGUCUAACAAGCUGCGCACAAAGACCUUGAGAAACACCCGCAACCCUGCGUGGAAUGAGACGCUCACCUACCAUGGCCUCACAGAUGACGACAUGCAGCGUAAGACCCUCAGGCUGUCUGUCUGUGAUGAAGACAAGUUCGGGCAUAAUGAGUUUAUUGGGGAAACCCGAGUGGCGCUGAAGAAACUGAAGUUGAACCAGAAGAAAAACUUCAACGUGUGUCUGGAGAGAGUCAUCCCUACAAAGAGAACUGCAACAGCCGGGGGAGCCAGAGGCAUCGCUCUCUACGAAGAUGAGCAAGGGAAAGAUGGCGGAGAGGUAGAGGAGCGCGGCCGGAUUCUGAUCUCCCUCAUGUACAGCACCCAGCAGAAUCGUCUCCUCGUGGGUGUUGUACGCUGUGUUCACCUGGCUGCCAUGGAUGCUAAUGGCUAUUCUGACCCAUAUGUCAAAAUAUGUCUGAAACCUGACAUGGGGAAGAAGGCCAAGUGCAAAACACAAAUCAAGAAGAGGACUUUAAACCCAGAGUUUAAUGAGGAAUUCGGCUAUGAGAUUAAACUCAGUGACCUGGCCAAGAAGAGUUUAGAUAUCUCUGUUUGGGAUUACGAUAUUGGGAAGUCCAACGACUACAUCGGUGGGUGUCAGCUGGGUAUCACUGCCAAAGGAGAGAGGCUGAAGCACUGGUAUGAGUGUCUGAAGAACAAGGACAAGAGGAUUGAGCGCUGGCACACCUUGUAUAAUGAGACUCCCGUAACUAGUGAUUAACCAUUUGCCCCCCCCACACAUACAGCAUGAGCUAAAACCUCCCAACUUGGUUUGCAUUCAUCUCUUAAUGCACCUUCAUUGUGUUAUCAACUCUUUCACUACCUGGCCAUCACACAGGCUUACUCACCUCCCUUCCCCUGAUGUACCCUCUUCUUUCCAGUCUUCUUAUUAACAAUUUGUCUGCCUGUGCUGAUACUUAAUCUGCCUCUGGGACAAAUCAAGGCAUAUAUGAAUUAGAGAUUUCACUAAUUUAAUUAAGAUAUAUGUGAACAAACAGCUGCACAAGGACCAUCAUGCCUGUCAGUGAUGUUAUAUAUUGUGCUGAACGUGACACAUUGCUAAAGAAAAUUAAUUGCACUGGCACAGAACUAGAAAAGCAAUAUGUAAGGGCAUCUGAGGUAAAACAAAAUCAUCAAUCAAGUUGUAAAAGCCGCGAUUGGGCUCAUAAAUUCAUUAGCCUGUCAGGGAAUAUGUUUUUUGGGGGAUUUCUUGUGGGAUAACAUCAUGCUGUAGUGCAACACUUGAAAUGUAUACGCAUGCCAAGCCACAGACAAAAGAAAACACGCAGCUGCACCAUCAAAGAUUUCAACUGUGCCCACUGUCCUGAACAUAUUGUAUAUUUCCAUGAAGAAAUGUUUACAUACGGAUACAUUGCUCAGGUUAGGAUAGACAUCUAAUAUAUACAGAUGAUUCAUAUGUCAGUGGACCAUGAGCUGAAUCUUUCAGCUGCUGUUGAUUUGUGAUUUAAACAUAUGGCACAUCUAGUUAAACAUUAGGAUGUGUAUGUAUUGUUAUUCAAACUGUGAAUUAUGAUUUGUGAGAAGUAUUAACUGUGUGAUUAGAGAAAAGUUUUUUGUUUGUUUAUUUAUUUGUUAUGGUGAGAAUUAGCAGGAACAAGGAUUUUCCUCCUGCUUCCUCAACUUUUCUGAAGCUCUGACACCUCAGAGGUUUUCUAGAGUAGUGUUUACACUAAAUGCACACAGUGAAAUCCGGCUGCUCCACUUAACAAGGAGAGAAGGUGGAACAGGUUAUGUCAUAUGUGCAGCUUUACCUGCAUGCACAGUGCUCCUGACACUGGCGUGCCUGGGCAGUCCGCUUUUACCCCAACGCGCACAGCAGGGCCCGUUUCCCCUCUGCCACACCCAAUCAUUAAAGGCUUUAGUGUGUGUUUGUUCACCAAUCACAGCAAACCAAGGAAAGCACACAUUACAAAGUGGAAUGACCUCAAUUUAUACACCUGUUUGCAAGUUAUUCCAAUGUCAAAAUACACAUAAUAAAGACGAAAACAAAAAAACCUAUGCAUGAAAGGUCUUGUGGUUCAAGAUAUAUAUACUUUGUAAGAAAUGAAUGCUAUUGUAUUUCCAUCAAUGUUUCCACUUAAUCCCCAUAACAUUCUAUAUACAAGAGGCCAUAUUCUGCAUGGUAACUAUGGUGUAAGCUGAAUAAACUGGUCUGAUAGCAUCCCCAGCAUAGACUGAUAAUCACCUGAGCACAUCAUCACAAGACUUUAUCCGACUCUAUCAGUAGCAGAUAUUGAAUUAAGUGUCAUCCGUUAAAUGAGACUUUCUGUACAGAAGCAUUCCAAUCUCUCCAGUGUCUUGUUUUCUUUGCACAGCCACUCAUGUGGCCGUGAUUCAAACACCCAUCAGUAGCAUCACACACUGUCCUAUGUUGUGCUACCUACAUACAGUGAUCACCAGAUGAUGAUCAACAUACAAAAUAACCAAGAGUUUUAUUUUCUAACAGGCUUUUCUCUGAGUUUAACCCAUCGCUGUCUUCUACUUGAUUCUGCCAGUUCAGUGGAAUGUUUCUUGGUUUAUCUCUGUAUUUGUACAUAGAUAGUGCAUGCACUGGGAAAUAUGUAUGUUUGCAAAUAACUUUGCAUGUAAAGAUUUUGCAGAAAGUUUACACAGAUCAAUAAAAUCGAAUGAAAAGUGA